AUGGCGCAGUUCCUGAUAGAGCAGAUCCGGUACAUGCACGAGGAGAUCGAGAUGAUGGAGAAGGCAAUUGCCGACCUGAUCGAGGAGAAGGUUCGCAAGAAAAAGGAGUGGAGCAUUCGUUACGACUACGCUAUUAGUUACCUGGUGGAAAAGAUACAAACAAAGGCGAAGCUGCUUUUGCAGUAUUAUAAGGAUGAGGACAAUUUGAAAAAAGAGGAAAUGCAGUUCAUUUCGGGUAAGACAAAUGGAAGGGGACAAACAGGAAAAGGCGAAAAUGAAAACGACCAAAAUGAAAAUGACGCAAAUGAAAAGGACGAAGAGGUAUAUUACGAAGAAGGCAACGACCUGUGGAAGAACUACUACGAACGGGUUAAGUAUAUCAGGGAUUAUCACAAAAAAACCAACAUAAAAAAAAUAGAAAUUAGAAGCCACAAGGCGUAUAAGUAUGAAGCACUGAAGAGUAAUAAACUGAAGGAGAGUUUCUCCCCGGUGGAGAAAAAAGGCAAGUAUGUAGACAUGCACAAAUUUUACAGCGAUUUUGUAAAUAUGAAAAAGAUUAAAAAUUUUAGGGUUAGUGUGUAUCGAAAGAAGGAGUUGGCUAGCCAAAAGAAGAGAAACAGUACAGAGAAGGAAAAGGGAGGAAAAAACUCCUCCAAAGGGGGAAAACUGAACGAAGGAGAAUUCAAAGAAAUGGACUUAGUAACGUACCUUCACAAUUUCACGCGCUUCUAUUACAUCCCAAGGUAUUGCAAGUACAAAAAUGAAGAAUAUAAAAAGUACCUCCAGAAUGUGCUAGCCUAUUUGGUGAAUUUUUUUUCUAAAGUUAAUGUUUUGGUGGACUGCCAAAAAAUGUACACACAAUAUGAGCAGAGCUUUGAAAACAAAUUCAAAGAGAAGGAAAUUAAGCAGUGGGAAAAGUAUACCUACGAACUGGACCUCUACUGUAACGUCAAUGAUAAGCUAUACGCAUCGGAAGGGACAUUUAAUUCGUACAAAAAUAGCAAACACUAUGAGGAGGAUUUGAAAAAAUACAUGCAGAAGAAACUUACCGUGGAGGAGAUGGAAGACUUAAAAAGACAGAUCGAACAGGAGGACAAGGAACUAGCCAAAUGUGAAUACCUCAUCGAGUUAUAUAAAAAUGUGUUAAAUAAAAUUUUCCAAAAGACUAUUCAAAAGAUACAGAGGAAGCAAGCAAUCAGUGUGGAUGAAUUACAGAAGAAAAAAAAAGCAGAAAAAAGGAAUGGCCACUUGUUAAGUUUACGGGAUCGUAAUGACUUGUAUGGUACUGAAGAAUAUAACCUACGAAAUGAAUUUCCCCAUUUGUAUAAUUCGCAUACCUUUGGACCCUCCUCUGAUGAUGACUCCUCUACGGAUGCAUCAGACGGGGAUAGUGUAAACGGUGAAGGGGAUGGGAAAAAAAAAAAAAAAGGAAAAGGAGCAGAUGGAGGGGAAGAAGCGGAUGAUGAAGACCAAGAGGAGGAUGAGAAACCGAUUUAUAACCCGUUGAAUUUACCCCUAGGACAUGAUAAUAAGCCCAUACCUUACUGGUUGUAUAAAUUGCACGGUUUGUCUAAGGAAUACACGUGCGAAAUUUGCGGGAACUACUCCUACUUUGGCAGAGCCCAAUUUGAGAAACACUUUUACGAAUGGAGGCACUCCUUCGGAAUGAAGUGCCUGAACAUUCCGAACACGCUGCACUUUAAGGAGAUCACCAAAAUAGAUGACGCACUCAACUUGUACGAGCGACUCAAGAAGCAGACACAGAUGCACAUCUUCAAGCCUGAUCAGGAGGUCGAGUGUGAAGACUCCAAGGGAAACGUUAUGAACAUGAAGGCCUACGAUGAUUUGAAGCGCCAGGGGCUGCUCUAG